AUGCAUGCAAAACUGAGCUGCUCCAACCAGCAGCCUACGUCAGCCGGCCGCCUCUUCAGUGGGACCAUCUUGGACCUCCAGCCCCGAGGACCCUUGGCCGAAGGCGGCUGCGUGAAUAAGCCCAAGCAAAAGCGGCUGAAGCACCACCCAGCCAACCACGAAAUCACGAGAAAUUGUGCUGUCAUUACCGGAGGCCACUAUGACGUGGACUGCUACGUGGAGGACCCCCUGGGAAAGACCAUCUACAGGGAAACCAAGAAGCAGUACGACAGCUUCACGCACCGGGCCGAGGUCAAGGGCGUUUAUCAGUUUUGCUUCAGCAAUGAGUUCUCCACCUUCUCUCACAAGACUGUCUACUUUGACUUCCAAGUGGGCGACGAGCCCCCCAUCCUCCCAGACAUGGGGAACAGGGUCACGGCCCUCACCCAGAUGGAGUCGGCCUGUGUGACCAUCCACGAGGCCCUGAAGACGGUGAUUGACUCCCAGACGCAUUACCGGCUCCGCGAGGCCCAGGACCGGGCGCGGGCGGAGGAGCUGAACAGCCGGGUCUCGUACUGGUCUGUCGGCGAGACCGUCGCCCUGUUCCUGGUCAGUUUUGGCCAGGUGCUGCUGCUGAAAAGCUUCUUCACGGAGAAGCGGCCCGCCCCCCGGGUGGCGCACUCCUAGUCCCUGUGCUCUGCCCCCAGCACGGAGCUGCCCUCCUAGGUCACGGGCUCCUGCUGGGCCGGAGGCAGAGCCGCCCGGGGAGGGGCGGGGGGGGGGGGCACCGAGCUCCCAGGUGCCCGUUCCUGGUGUCCCGGCGGCCGGCGCCCACAGAGCCCGGUGACGGGGACGCAUCUGACUGCGUUACGUGCGCGACGCCGAGAAGAGCGAGUGGUCAGGCUGAGACUGGCCGCUGUGCAGGGCCACAGGAAGUGAGCCGCGUCUGGCCAGAGGAGGCCUCCUGGGGCGGCUCCGGGCGUUCCCUCUGCCCCACGGUGCCCGGGUCAUCCGGCCCGUGUGUGUCCAGGCCUCUGUGCGGAAGAAGGGGCUCUUUAGUCCGCUUCCCUCUGUGGAGCUGUCUGUGCCUGGAGAAGCCGGGCCCCGGGGCGGGCGGCUUUGCAGAAAUUUCCCGUCCCGGGUGAGCAGAGGUGCCCGCCGUGGAAGCGGGAGGAAACCGGUGGCCGGUGCCCUCGGUCGGCUGUAUCUCCCCGGGGGCAGC